AUGUCCGGUGUACGGUCGUCCGGUUCGCCUAUGCUUAUACUGGAUAUUAGUGGGGCUGGUCCCAACCCGUCGGCGUACCCCAUGAAGAAGCCCACCAGCACGGCAGCUUCGGUGAAACGGGAACGAUAUGGGGACGAUGGUGACAAGCAGGAUCAGCAGCUGAAUGGGAGCGCGUAUCAGCAGCAACCGCUACACGUUCGUACCUUACCCGAGCUACAUCCGAUCCAUCCGCAGCACGGGCAGCAUCAUCGGGAGCCCGAAAAUCAAACCCUUCAUCAGAAUCCAGACUUUGGCGUGCUGAUGGGACAACCGGCGGUGAGUGUAGCAUCGGCCGCUUCCCAACCCGUGUACGUGUAUCAGGGCAGCGUGCCGGAGAUGACGCCGAACGGUCGCGUACCCUUUCCCGCACUGCAAUGCUACGGAGUUCAGAAUGUGUUGGAUGCGCAAACCCAACCACAAGCAUUGGAGUCACUCCCAUCGAUCCUGUCCACGUACUCUUCGUCUUGUGAGAGUGCCAAGAAGCGCCGAAUGCUUGACGCGGACUAUGAUUACGAGUUCGAUCAAAGCUCACUCAGCCCGGAUGGUUAUCAGCCCGAGAAACGAAUACGGUACGAUGCGAACUUUGGUGGAUGGGCUUACACACCGAUGACACCAGGCGCUCAAGAGUAUAGCCACACGAAUGGAGGUGGACCCACAUCGUACGGCGGAACAGAACUGCUAAUGGCACGCGGAAAUGGAGCAUCACUUCCGGUGGCGAUGCAUGGUCUGGAUGACGAAUCAUCCUCCAAUGGUUCCUGCCAAAUUAACCCUUGCCACUGUGAACCAUCGCCCGCAAAAACCAUGAUGUGCGUAGCAGACAAUGGCACGAACUAUGAAUCUUCCGGCACUGUCUACUACUAUCAUCCGGCACAGGAGCAGGAGCAACUGCAACCGAACUCACAUCCACUUCCACCCAUCGAUUCAACACCAACGCACAGUCCUAUCGGAGCGGAUAGUUCGCUUUCGGUGUGCUCUAGCUCCUCACCGGUAAAGCUAGACGAAUCGAGCUGUUCCGUCGGCAAGUAUGGUCCGGACCGGGUACAACCAACUACGGUUGCAAUGUUGGAACCAUCCAGUGGACAAGGAUUAUCACCCACCAGCACUACUGGUGCCGGUUCGCACGGUAACGGUGGCAUUGAUCCACCGGCACCGAGCAAGAACACAUUCGGUGCAAUGGGACGCAAACCCCGUUCCGGGCGGGUUCGGAAGCGGGUGCUGAAGGAGUCGGUUAGCUUCCAGGAGGUACAAAAUCAGCGUGUGAUUGCAAACGUGCGCGAACGGCAAAGGACGCAAAGUUUGAACGAAGCGUUUGCAUCGCUGCGCAAAAUCAUUCCGACCCUGCCGAGUGACAAGCUGAGCAAGAUACAGACGCUGCGAUUAGCAUCAAGGUACAUAGACUUCCUGUACCGGGUGCUGUCCAACAACGAGAUGCCGGCGAUGCGCGAAGAGCACAAAAAUAUGGCCGUUUCCGGAGGAAAUUUACAGUUCAGCGGUAGCGGCAUACUGGCGCACGAAAAGCUAAGCUAUCUGUUCAGCGUUUGGCGCAUGGAAGGCGACUGGAGCAAUGGAUCGUCCGGUGGGGAAGGGGCGGAGGUAGGUGAGAAUGUGAACGGUGGCAAGGAAUGACUAGACGGACGGUUCCGGUUUCGAUGAAUCCG